AGUGACGUCACCUGUGCUCACCGGAGCGCGAGCACAAUCAUACAGAUAGCCUGCAGCGCCGGGAAGAAAGACCGAGAAAGUUGGACUACUGCUACAACUACACAUCCGUAUGAGGGACUUAAUACGCAUUGCUGUCGCCCUGAACGUAAAUUUGACUGUCUGAAGGAUAAGAGUCUUGUGUGGUCGUGCUGACUGGAGGUAAGCCAUGGAGGAUGGGAAGCCAGUGUGGGCGCCCCACCCUACCGACGGGUUCCAGCUGGGCAUGAUCGUUGACAUAGGAGCUGACACGCUCACCAUAGAACCACUGAACCAGAAGGGCAGGACCUUUCUUGCUCUGAUCAGCCAAGUCUUCCCAGCAGAGGAUGAUGUCAACAAACAUGUAGAUGACAACUGUUCCCUUAUGUACUUGAAUGAAGCCACUCUUCUCAACAAUGUCAGAGUGCGGUACAAUAAAGACCACAUCUAUACUUAUGUGGCCAAUAUCUUGAUAGCUGUGAAUCCUUACUAUGACAUCCCCAAACUGUAUGGCCCUGACUCCAUCAAGUCGUACCAGGGGAAGUCACUGGGAACUCUGCCACCUCACGUCUAUGCUAUAGCCGACAAAGCAUACAGGGACAUGAAGGUUCUCAAGAUGAGCCAGUCCAUCAUAGUUUCUGGUGAAUCUGGUGCUGGAAAGACUGAAAACACCAAGUUUGUUCUCAGAUAUCUCACCACAACAUAUGGAAGUGGUCAAGAUAUAGACGAGAGAAUUGUAGAAGCAAAUCCCCUCCUCGAGGCCUUUGGAAAUGCAAAAACAGUGCGGAAUAAUAACAGUAGUCGCUUUGGGAAGUUUGUGGAAAUCCACUUCAAUGAGAAGAGUGCAGUUGUGGGGGGAUUUGUCUCCCAUUAUUUGCUAGAGAAGUCGAGGAUUUGCAUGCAAAGUAAUGACGAGAGGAACUACCACAUCUUCUACAGGCUGUGUGCCGGGGCAUCCGAGGACAUAAAGAAGAAACUGCACCUGGAUUCUCCGGACAGCUUCAGGUACCUGAACCGAGGAUGCACCAGAUACUUUGCCAGUAAGGACUCUGAUAAACAAAUCAUGCAGAACCGCAAGAGUCCUGAGCAUGUAAAGGUCGGUGCUCUGAAGGACCCUCUUCUAGAUGACCAGGGUGACUUCAACCGAAUGUGUGUAGCCAUGAAGAAGAUUGGCCUGGACGACACUGAGAAGCUGGACCUGUUCAGGGUGGUUGCUGGCGUUCUUCAUCUUGGCAACAUUGACUUUGAAGAAACAGGGAGCUCCUCAGGUGGUUGUGUCCUGAAGAAUCAGUCAGGCCAGACAUUACAGUACUGUGCUGAUCUGCUGGGUCUGGACCAGGAUGAUUUGCGUGUCAGCCUCACAACCAGGGUCAUGCUCACUACAGCAGGGGGCGCCAAAGGAACAGUUAUCAAGGUGCCUCUAAAGGUGGAACAAGCAAACAAUGCCCGCGAUGCCCUGGCCAAGGCAGUGUACAGCCGCCUCUUUGAUCAUGUGGUCAAACGAGUAAACCAGUGUUUCCCCUUCAAGACUUCCUCCAACUUCAUCGGGGUGUUGGACAUCGCUGGGUUUGAGUAUUUUGAACACAACAGCUUUGAGCAGUUCUGUAUCAAUUACUGCAAUGAGAAACUGCAGCAGUUCUUCAACGAGCGUAUUCUGAAAGAGGAGCAAGAGCUGUAUCAAAGAGAAGGGCUAGGAGUGAAUGAGGUACAUUAUGUUGACAACCAGGACUGCAUAGACUUAGUGGAAGCAAAGCUGGUGGGAGUCCUGGACAUUUUGGAUGAAGAGAACCGUCUUCCUCAGCCCAGCGACCAACACUUUGCACUGGCUGUUCACAGCAAGCAUAAAGACCACUUCAGACUGACGGUUCCCAGGAAGUCAAAGUUGACCAUUCACAGGAAUCUCCGGGAUGACGAGGGCUUUAUCAUCCGGCACUUUGCUGGAGCUGUCUGCUAUGAAACGACUCGGUUUGUGGAAAAGAAUAAUGAUGCCCUCCACAUGUCCUUGGAGAGCUUAGUGUGUGAAUCGAAAGACAGAUUUGUUCGAGAGCUGUUUGAGAACUCUAACACCACCAAGGACUCCAAACAGAAGGCAGGCAAACUCGGCUUCAUCAGCGUCGGCAACAAGUUCAAGACCCAGCUGAACCUGCUGCUGGAAAAGCUUCGCAGUACUGGCUCAAGUUUCAUCCGUUGUGUAAAACCCAACCUGAAGAUGGUCAGCCACCAGUUUGAAGGCGCUCUAAUUCUCUCACAGCUGCAGUGCUCAGGAAUGGUAUCGGUGUUGGACCUGAUGCAGGGGGGCUUCCCCUCCAGAGCCCCCUUCCAUGAGCUCUACAACAUGUAUAAACAGUAUAUGCCUGACAAGCUCACACGCCUGAAUCCACGACUCUUCUGCAAGGCGUUGUUCAAAGCUCUGGGACUAAAUGACAGUGACUUCAAGUUUGGAUUGACCAGAGUGUUCUUCCGCCCUGGAAAGUUUGCUGAGUUUGACCAGAUCAUGAAGUCUGAUCCAGACCACCUUGCAGAGCUGCUAAAGAAAGUCAACACAUGGUUGUUGUGCAGUCGCUGGAAGAAGGUCCAGUGGUGCAGCCUGUCUGUCAUCAAACUUCGGAACAAGAUGAGUUACAGAGCUUUGGCCUGCAUUAAGAUUCAGAAGACUGUCCGUAUGUGGUUGUGUAAGAGGAAGCAUAAGCCACGCAUUGAUGGUAUGGUGAAGGUUCGAAACCUGAAGAAACACAUGGAACGGUUCAACGAGGUGGUGAAUGGGCUGAAGGAGGGCAAGCAGGAGAUGGCCAAACAGGUUCAAGAGCUGGCCGCCUCCAUAGACGCUUUGUUAGCAAAGAUAAAGGCCACAGUGAUGACCUGGAAAGAGAUUGACACAGAGUACCAGGGGCUGGUGAAAUGUUCAGAGCAGCUGCUCUCCUCAAUGCAAAAGAAGAAGCAGGAGGAGGAAGAGAGUGAGAGGCUGAAACACAUCGAGGAGGAGAUGGAGAAAGAGAGGAAGGGGAGAGAGAAGGAAGAGCAACGACGCAAACAGGAGGAAGAGGACAGAAGACUGAAAGCAGAGAUAGAGCUAAAGAGGAAGCAGGAGGAGGAGGAUAGAAAAAAGAGAGAGGAGGAAGAGAAAGUAAUACAGGCAGAGCUGGAGAUUGAGCUGGCUCUGGAGCGUGAGGAACAGGUCCAGCGCGCCACUAUACUGGAGCAGGAGAGAAGAGACAGGGAGUUAGCCAUGAGAAUUGCUCAGAGUGAAGCGGAGCUCAUUACUGAGGAGGGGCAGUUGGAUGCAGGCCUGCGCAGUGAUGAGUCUUUUUCAGAUCUUCCUAUCUCUUCAUCCUCAGCCAGAGCCAUGGGUCCUCAGGUGCAGGCAACCAAAGCCGCUGCUGGUGUGAAAAAGUAUGACCUCAGCAAGUGGAAGUAUGCUGAGCUGCGAGAUGUCAUCAACACUUCCUGUGACAUUGAUCUGCUGGCGGCCUGCAGAGAGGAGUUCCACCGUCGUCUGAAGGUCUAUCACGCAUGGAAGUCCAAGAACAAGAAACGUAAUGAUGACGGGAGUGAUCAGAGGGCUCCUAAAUCUGUCACUGACUAUGCUGAACAGAACCCAGCUCCAAUGACGGCCCAGCAUCAGGAAGUGGCCAUGAACCGCCAGCAGCGAUAUUUCCGCAUUCCUUUCAUCCGGCCCGCCGACCAGUACAAAGACCCCCACAAUAAAAAGAAGGGCUGGUGGUACGCUCACUUCGAUGGGCCUUGGAUAGCCAGACAGAUGGAGCUUCACCCAGACAAGCGACCUAUUGUGUUGGUUGCAGGGAAAGAUGAUAUGGAGAUGUGUGAGCUGAGUCUGGAGGAAACGGGUCUGACCAGAAAGAGGGGUGCUGAGAUUCUGCCCAGGCAGUUUGAAGAAAUCUGGGAACGCUGUGAUGGAAUUCAGUACCUCAAGAAAGCCAUUGAGAACAAGCAGGCCCGCCCCACACAUGCCACCGCCAUGCUCCAGAGUCUCCUCAAGUGAACCACAGCAGCAAGAUAAGAGCACAACCUCGAGUUUGGUCCUGAAACAUGACACUGAUACACAGUCUGAUGCACAUUCAAGGGCAGCGCAGUGUACCUGUGGUUUGUGGGAUGAAAAGAAGUAACCACAGAGAAAGAUGCUCCCUGUACAAUCUCACUGUAGGCACUCAGUGUACUCACUGAAUCAUCUCCUUUUUAAAUAAUGUUGUUUAUUUUCACUUUUUAUAUCUUUAUUUUGCAGUGUAACUACACCUUAUUGGUAUAGUGUUAGCAUUUGUGUUCAGUCUUAUUCUUGAUCUAUGCUUGAACGGAAUAUCCCACUGUGAGGCCUUAAAAUGCAAUAUCACUGCACUACACCAAGGAAGUCUUAACUGAUGCGUAGCCUAUCUAGCUAUUAACCUGAAACCUUAAUGGUCUGCAAUAAAGACAAUAAAUUAGACUUUUAUAGAAAAUAUUUAAUAACAAUCUUGUCUUUCAAGUCAUGCUUUAUGGUCGUCUGAAUAUUAAGGCUCUAAUUACUGUUCAACAUCUACACCUGAUUUGAUUCGAAAGAAUUUAAUUUUUCAAACAUAUUCAUCUUAAAAGGGAUAAUAAGAAAAAGCUUCUCCUACUCUGGUUUUUCUUAAAGUACUGAAAGAUGACUUUAAUCAUGAAUAGAAUAUCAUACAACUAAGAGACAGUGAACAAGUUAUAUUUCUAUACAUAUUUAUAUAAUUAUGUUAUCAUACUAUUUUUCAUAAUAAGUUCAAUAUAAAAGUCAUUAUAUUUCAGUCCUCUAUCUACUACAAAUUUGACACAUAUAAUCAUAGAAUGUAUUUUUGGGGUUUAUUACAAUCUACAAUCCUCCUACAAGUUUCCUCUUUUUAUCCAUCCAUUAUUUUCUUGUUGUUACGCUCUGUAUUUUCUCUCUGUUACUCUGUUAACUGUUGAAAUCCUUGAAAAAGGAACCUUUUUUGUAUUGCUGCUCAUUUGUUAUGUAAGAGGGAAAUGUAGAAGUUGGUUUGUUUGCAGUUUUGUUGGUUUGGGGUUGUUUUACAGACAAUAAUGUAGUGUGUGUGUGUGUGUUCAUGUAAUAUUUUAUUAAGCCGAUUACUUGACUUCUCUGUUGGUUAGGUCAGGAACAUUUCAGUCAUCUCAUUGCACAAUCAUGCAAUACCUUUUUUUAGGCUCACACUUAUUUACUGAAAGAUACAGUAGACUAUUGUAACUAAUGAUUCACUCUCAAAUGUUCUCUCUUGGCUGUGGUUGUAUGUUGGCCUUUGCACUGGAAUACUGUAGAAAAUAAAUGUGUGCCCCCAUGUU